UUACACAGUUAAAGAAGAAGAAGUGGUUAGUAAGGGAAAGAUAUCUGGCUAGCUUUGGACAUAUCGUAACACUUGAAGUUGAUCAAUCAUGUCAGUGAAAUCGUGUUGUAUUUACAGUACGGGAGUGAUUUCUAUUCUAACUUUGAUAGCAGGCAUAGUGCUGGUGCUUUCGCAGGUGUUUCAAAAUAUCCUCAACGCGAAGAUAAAAAAGGAGAUUGUGCUUAGGAAUGGCACACAUGCGUUUGAUGUGUGGGAGAACCCACCUCCUCCAGUCUACAUGCAGUUCUACUUCUUUAAUGUGACCAACCCGGCAGAGGUACUGAAGGGAGAGCGGCCUGCCGUUCUAGAGGUCGGACCUUACACAUACAGGGAGUUUCGUCCAAUGGAGCAAGUGAAUUUCCUGGAGAAUGGAACCAAAGUGUCAGCUGUCAACACUAAGACCUAUGUGUUUCAGUCUGACAUGUCCAAAGGUCCAGAGAGUGACUUGAUCAGAACAAUCAACAUCCCAGCUGUGACGGUGAUGGAAAAAUUCAAGGAUACGAGAGUUAUUGCCAAUAUCAUCUCAUCUUACAUGAAGUCGGUCAAUGAAGACCUAUUCACUACACACAGUGUGGGAGAACUGCUUUGGGGCUAUCAGGAUGGCCUUCUCAAAGCUCUGAAAGUAGUGGAGCCUACAUUAGAUGAUGUGUUUGGACUCUUCUACAAGCAAAAUGCUACAGAUGAUGGAGAGUAUGUGUUUCUGACCGGUCAACAGAGUUAUAAGGACUUUGCCGUUAUAGAUCAGUGGAAGGGCCAAAGCUCUCUGAAUUGGUGGACCACAGAUGAGUGUAACAUGAUCAAUGGGACCAAUGGGGCCUCCUUUCAUCCAAUCAUCACCAAGAACGAGACCCUCUACAUGUUUUCCUCUGAUCUCUGCAGAUCUAUCUAUGCCAUCUAUGAGGAGGAGAGCAGUGUGAUGGGUGUCCCAGGCUACAGGUUCUCUCUACCCAGCAAGGUGUUUGCCAACACAACAGACAACGCUGGUUUCUGUUCCCCACCAGGGAACUGUCUGGGCUCUGGCGUGCUCCAAGUCAGUGCCUGCAAACAAGAUGCUCCGAUCGUCAUGUCUUCUCCACACUUCUACCAGGCAGAUGAGAAGUUUGUCAAAGACAUCUUCGGGAUGAAACCAGACAAGAAGCAACACGAGACCAUCAUAGAUAUCAACCCGCUUACAGGCAUCGUACUUCAGGCUGCUAAGAGACUUCAAGUGAAUGUGUUUGUUGAGAAGAUUCCUGUGUUUAGCCAAACAGGUGAUAUCAGGACUCUGGUGUUUCCUGUACUCUAUCUCAAUGAGAGUGUUGUGAUCGAUGAGGUAUCGGCCAAACAGCUGCAGGUGAUCGUGGCGGAGGGCAACGUAGUGGUCAACAUACCCUUUAUGUUGAUUGGCUUAGGCAUCCUCCUGGGUGUUGUCUUUAUGGUGGUCCAGUGUCGUCAACGGAUCCCAGAGAGCUCUUCUGCCGAACGCCAGCCCCUUCUGAAGUCCUAGUCCCACAAGAAGUAGAAUUCACUCCACAGGAAGUGGUAUCCUGGGAGGACAGGAUUAGGAUUGCCAUCCAUGUUUUGUUAACAAUAUCAAGGGUUCUGACUGUGUACUAUCUCCACUUUACCAGAUUUAAUCAGCUUCUACCCUGUAACCAUAACCUCACUAUUGACUCUACUGUAAGGCUAGAUCAGGAACCGGAUUGAGAAUAUUUUUAAAUCUUUGAAAAUGAAUAGUUAAAAUACUUUCUAAAGUCUGACAUUUUAAUCCGUUAUUAUUUUUGUUUUUAUCCAUAAUUGUUUUUUGUUUUUUUAAAACAUGAGUUACAAGGAGGCUGACUGUACUUUUUUAUUUCAUAUUUUUUGUUGCUUUUAAAUGUUGUGUUUUAGGGUCACACAGAGAGAUUGAACACUGAUAGUAGGGAUUGAGAGAGGAUAGAAGCUCGGGCAGAUUGGCAAGAUCAUGUCAGACAUUGAGAGGCUGUUGAAAAGAAUUGCAAUAUUAUUAUCAUCUAUCGCUAUCAUCAUUAGUAUUCGGGAAUGUUGUAAAACUUCAAUUAAUAGCCUGGGUGUUUAUUUGCUGAAAUCACUUAACACAGCUGAUGUAUAUUAGAGACAGGCUUCUAUUUCCUUAAUGCACACAGCUUUUGUUAAUUUCCAUAGUUAAUUGUUUAAUUCCAGCAUUCACUUCCAGCAUUCUAAUCAUUUACAUACGGUCAAGUUUAUUUUCUGUUAGUAUGCCUCUAUUUAGAAAAAAAACGUUUCCUUGACAGAAUAAUGAUUCUCUUCUUUGACUGUGCAUUUUUGUAAGUUCUUAUUUUCACCACUAACUAGAGGGCGAUCUGACGGGGGUCUGUACUCCCGAAGUUGUUGACUGUUUUUGUGCUUGCCAGUUAGUUAGCAGUUCUCAGCUGUUAGCAGCCAAUGGCUAGAGGUUUCUUAAUGGUGAUUAAAAAUGGAUGAUUGCUAUAAUUUGAGUCAUUACUGAAUUGUUUAAUGUAACAAGUCAAACCUCGUAAAUAAUGAAUUUAGAGCCCAGGCGUUUAUUUGAAAUGGCUGUUUAUUUGCUGAAAUAUGUGCCGUCGCCUGGCUAUUAAAAGGGACAGGUGGCUAUUUGAGACAUUUUAACUGAAGUUUUACAGUGUAUCAAAACAUCCCCCAUUUGGACUGCUGACGUUAGCGCAGGGAAGUUAUUCUUAUAUUACACACCCCAGUGACAUUGUCACUUUUAUAUAUGGUUUUUAUACUGCUUGUCAGCCUUUGAGGAAUGAUCUGUCUGGUCGGCCUAUGAGGAAUGAUCUGUCUGGUCGGCCUAUGAGGAAUGAUCUGUCUGGUCGGCCUAUGAGGAAUGAUCUGUCUGGUCGGCCUAUGAGGAAUGAUCUGUCUGGUCGGCCUAUGAGGAAUGAUCUGUCUGGUCGGCCUAUGAGGAAUGAUCUGUCUGGUCGGCCUAUGAGGAAUGAUCUGUCUGGUUUGUGUGAAAUAAUAGGGGCUACAGAGUAGGGGUCAGUUCCAUUUAAAUUCAGGUGGUUAACUGAAAUUUAAAAAAAUCCUGGAUUGACUGAAUUGAAAUGGAAUUGAACCAAACACCGGAUGAGGUCAUACUACUUUAAUUUAAAAAGUUUUUCACCACUUCUGAUUAUAACUACGUACCUACAUACAUAUAGGGGAAGUUAUCAACAUUUUAUCAAACAGAUCAGUGUAUUUAGUCAGCAGGCAUUGGAAUCCACUGUUAAAUAUAUCAUUGCUAAUUGAUACCUUGUCAAAACAGUACUAAGUAAGAGUAUAGACGCAUGAGAAAAUACUGGAUAUUUGCAUGACAACAAUUUUCUGCUGCUGGGCUUGUGAUCACUGAGAGAAGUGGCAAAUCAUAUGCUGCGUGAUAUUCCUGCUUCCAGAAUCUGCAUUUUAAAAUGUUUCCAAUUUCUUUAUUUUUGUGAUGAACCAGUUUCACAACAACAGACAGGCGUGUGUAUUCUUGUCUAUUUUAGAGUGAUAAGAGUAUCAGUAACAUUUCCACUAGCUAUCUACUAACCCUAAACGUAACCCGUACCCUAAACGUAACCCGUACCCUAAACGUAACCCGUACCCUAAACGUAACCCGUACCCUAAACGUAACCCGUACCCUAAACGUAACCCUUACCCUAAACUCUUAUUCUAUACCUUAACACUAACGUUAACCUUAGCAAGCAGGUGCUGAUCAACAGAUGGUAUAUCAACAGGUAGGUUGUUGAUAGUACGACCAUCUGUAGAGCAUCCAAGUAAUGUUCACAACUCUGAUAUGCUCCGAUCACUGAUAUGCAUAGUUGCAGACUACUUUUUUCUUAAUCAUUUUUCUGUCUAGCAUCUGAACUAGUAUGAAUUAUAAUUGUUAUUGGAUAUGUGUAUUAUUUUACUCUAUGAGAGAGAGAACCUGCAUGGCUUUUUUGUUGUUGUUGUUGUUGUAAGAAACAAUAAAAUACUUUCACUACCAUGUCACAAAAAAAUUCAAUAAUAUAUUUUAACAUUAUUUACAUUGUGUGUGUACAAUCUUGACAAUAUAUACAAAUAAAUAAUUUACAAAUAAAUAACGGCUCAAUGGCAUCGUCACAGUUUGAAACGUAUCUUCCACAGACAUUUGUUUUUCUUGUCAAUAAACUGCUUCAUGUUGGU